AUGGCAGCCACCAUGGGCUUGGGUGUAAAUGUCCCUCGCAAUUUCCCACUGUUGGAAGAAUUCAAAGAAGGACAGAAAGGAGUAGGAGAUGGCACAAUUAGCUGGGGUCUAGAAGAUGAUGAAGACAUGACACUUACAAGGUGGACAGGGAUGAUAAUUGGGCCUCCAAGAACAAUUUAUGAAAACUGGACAUGCAACCUUAAAAUAGAAUAUGGACCUAAAUACCCAGAAGCACCCCCCUUUGUAAGAUUUGUAACAAAAAUUAAUAUGAACAGAGUUAAUAGUUCUAAUGGAGUGGUGGACUCAAGAGCCAUAUCAGUGCUAGCAAAAUGGCAGAAUUCCUACAGCAUAAAAGUUGUCCUGCAAGAGCUCCGGCACCUAAUGAUGUCUAAAGAAAAUUUGAAACUCCCUCAGCCACCCGAAGGACAGUGUUACAGCAAGUAA